CAGCCAGCCCUCAUCUUCCCAUCAACAGCCGUGCUCACCUGCGUUCCAGCGAUCAACGGCGCGACGAAGGACUUCAUCCGUGGGUUUGGCGGCAAGCAUCGGCUAGGCGUAAGAGAUACAACAAGCCAGCAGACAUGUACUGAUACAGGCUGUCAGACACCAUCACCAGAGACAUGCUCAGUUGGGACACAGCUUUCCAUAAAGACUAUCCAACCGCAUGUCAGAAGUAAAGGGACACAGACAACAUCACAUCAUACAGUAUUCUGGACAUCUGUGUUGGUGAAUCUUUUGCAAUUUGUCCAAUGAACAAUGGAGACAGCAAAGAAGAAAGCUGUAGGUGGGAAGCGGUGUAUUGCGGCCGGCUGCAGCAACACAAACACAGCCGGUGUUUCAUUGUUUACAUUCCCGAAAGAUGACAGUCAAGCUUUACUAUGGAACAGAGAGGUCAAGCGAACACGGUUGGAUUGGACCACACACACAAAGUACAGUGUAUUAUGCAGCGAUCAUUUCGAAAGAUCGUGUUUCGAAGAGGGUCCCUUGCGAAGGGUAGAGAUGGGCAUCGCCACCGCCCGUCCACUGGUGCUGAAGAAAGGUGCGAGGCCAACUAUUUUCAACGGACCACGGCCAGGCAUCAGUGGCCGUGUCACCGUCAGUGCUCCCAGAGCCAGUGCUUCGACAAGAUCGGACCACCCCACCACCUCCACAAGUGGACAGACCGUGCACGUGAAGUUUGCAUUUCCCAACAGGCAAAGGAAGAGGACAAUAUAUCAGAUCAUGGCCAGUACGACUACGGCAUCAGUGGCGGAUGCGGUGGAUGAACCAAUGGCAAUGGCACCAGAUUUGCCUGUUGAGGAGGGCGAUCAAGAUCAGGGAAAUACAAGACAACGAGGAUGCCAGACGGAAUGGGUACCGCUUGGGACAGCACCAACAGCAAUGACUAUCAUCUGUGGAAAAAAACAUAUUCUCCCUGAGCAGCAAGAUUGGACCUCAAGAAUGGAGCAGGAUGAACCAAAGCAACCCCACAUUAAAGAGGAAGAGGAGGAGGAGCCACUUAAUUCUUACAUUAAGGAGGAGAGGCAGUCAGAGCCCUCCUUCACCUUACAGAGAAAGAGGAACCACAGCUCCGCCCACAUCAAAGAGGAAGAGGGGGAGCCACAUUCCCCCCACAUUAAAGAGGAGGAGGAGGAGGAGCCACUUACCUCUUACAUUAAGGAGGAGAGGCAGUCAGAGCCCUCCCUCACCUUACAGAGAAAGAGGAACCACAGCCCCGCCCACAUCAAAGAGGAAGAGGGGGAGCCACAUUCCCCCCACAUUAAAGAGGAAGAGGAGGAACACAGCAUCAGCCAGGAGGGAGAGCAUCUUGAAUGGUUGGAGGAGUUCCCAGUGAUUGGUGUCAUUGUGAAGAGUGAAGGUGAUGAGGUCAAAGGUGAAAGUGAGGAGAAGAGAGAGGCGGAGCCUCCAAGCAGCAGCUCAACUCAACACAUGACAACAGAAGCUGAUGGAGACCACUGUGGAGGAUCACAAGCAGACAAGCUCUUAGCUCCACUAUCAGAUAGUGACGACAUAACGUCACACUCUUCUGACACUGAUGAUGAAGACUCUAAAGUUGAUAAGGCAUGUCAAACUGACUUCACACACUUCACAUGUUCUCACUGCGACAAAACUUUUAAACAGCAUUCUCGUCUGGUAAAACACAUGAGAACACACACCGGAGAAAGACCUUUUUCCUGCUCAGUAUGCGGUAAAAGUUAUGUGUAUAGUCAACAUUUGAAUAGACACAAAAGAUUACACACUGGAGAAAAUGAGGAUGAAGACUCGACGGCUGUUAAUACGUGUCACACUGACAACACACACUUGAAAUGUUCUCAGGGUGACACAAAUUUUAAGUACCAUUGUCAUUUGAAAGUACACAUGAGAAUACACACCGGAGAAAAACCUUUCCCUUGUUCAAUCUGUGGACAAUGUUUUACACGAAGACCGUCUUUGGAAAGACACAUGAGAUUACAAACCGGAGAAAAACCUUUUUCCUGUUCAAUCUGCGGCAAAGAGUUCGCUCUGAAGCACAGUUUGAAAACACACAUGAGAAUACACACUGGAGAAAAACCUUUUUCCUGCCCAGAAUGUGGUAACGGUUUUGCACAAAAGUCACAUUUGAAAAAACACAUGAGGACGCACACUGGAGAAAAAACGUUUUUCUGCUUAGAAUGUGGUAGAGCUUUUGGACGACAAAUUGCGCUCAAAGAACACAUGAAAAUACACACCAGAAAAAAACCUUUUUCUUGUUCAAGCUGUGGUAAAGAUUUUGUUCAAAGACAAACUUUAAAAAGACACAUUAGAACACACAGGUGAGAAAGUCUUGAGUUGCAGUGUGUGCGGUGAAAGAUUCUCUUCUAAGUAUCAGUGUAAGAAACACAAGUGUGCUGGUGAGAACAGCAGCAGCAAAUGAAGAUGCAGGAUUUGAAAUAAAUGGUCAAAACUCUAACUUUGACUUUCUAACAACAUCAGCACAUAUAACAUGUGACAUCAUUGUUGUGUGUGUAACACGAUCUUGUUGAUAUACUUGUAACAUGUAAUAAUACGAUAUUAUAUUAGUGCUUUUUUUCAGUCAAGUACAUGCAGUAAUAAACAACAUUGUGUUCUUUGAUUUGAAAAUGAACAGAACAAUUUGACUGAAAAGGUGAGAGUAAAUGGUACAAAAUAUGUUACAUACAAUAAUUAUUUUAUGUAUAAAUAGAUAUUCAUAAUUCACUUUUAUACUCAUAGUGUUUAUAGGUUUGUGUAAUGAUGAAGUGUUUUCAUAUCUAACUGUAGAUGAUUCCAUAGAUGAACUCCUUUAUAUGAUAUACAUAUUUGUUUUACAUUUGUUCAUACCUUUGCUUUUGAGUACACAUAAAUCCCUAUUAGAUCAUAUUUACUGGUUCACAUCUGAAACAUCUUCUGGACCACUUCUGGAAGCAUAUUAUUAUUUACUUUAUACAUUAUUUGAGCAGUUGUGUUUUAUACAAGAUCAUUUACUUUUAAAAUGUGUGACUUUAUGCAUCAUUUGUUGGGUCUCUUUAAUCCAUUCUAUUAAAU